CGUGGAUCGAACGCAGCCCCAUCCUCCCGAGUGUCACUCAUUAAACUUCCUUCACCAUGAAAGUCGCAUUUGCAUUGUCUGCGCUCUUCACCUCCGUCGAUGCCAAUCUCAAAAUCGUCGGGGGCAAGGAAGCUGCCGUUGGCCAGCACUUGUACGUGACUGGAAUUCGCUCCUCAGCCUCUGGAAUCGACUCGUGCGGAGGUAGUUUGAUCGCCCCCAACGUCGUCUUGACCGCCGCCCACUGCAUGGGCAAACGCCUUGAAUAUGUGGCCAUUGGGUCGCACUACAACAACGGCACCAAGGACGGUGAGCAGAUCAAGGUCAAGCAAGAGAUCAAGCACCCCAAGAACAACGCCAAGACCAAUGCCUACGACUUUGGCGUGAUGAUUUUGGAGCGCGAGUCCAAGUUCCCGGCCGUGGAAGUGUCCUUUGACACUGUGGAAGCUGAUACCCCCACGGUUGUACGUGGCUGGGGCACCACGUCUACGGGCGGGUCUCUGUCCAAAGUCUUGUUGGAAGUCGGGGUGGAUACGGUCAACCAAGAACAGUGCACCAAGUGGUUGUCUGGGCACUCCGUCGACGCCAGCAUGUUGUGCUCCGGCGGCAAGGAGGGCGAAGAUGCGUGCCAAGGCGACUCUGGCGGACCCUUGACGGUGGAAACCAACGGUUCUGCAAAGUUGGUGGGGGUGGUCAGCUGGGGGCUUGAGUGUGCCGAGAAAAACAAGCCAGGCGUGUACGCUCGCAUCUCCAUGGCUCGCGAAUUCAUUGAGCCGUACCUCAAGAACCCCCCCACCUCGGUCCCUGGCCCGACCAAUCCUACCACCAUGCCUAACAUCACCACGAAGAAGCCCACGACUGCCUCCCCUUGUACCACCUCAGCCCCUUGCCAGACCAAACCUACCACCUCGGCCCCUUGCCCGACCAAACCUACAACCUCGGCCCCUUGCCCGACCAAACCUACCACCAUGCCUAACAUGACCACGAUGAGGCCCAAGACUGCCAACCCCAAGCCUGGUUGUGCCACGUGUAGCUUUUGCUACUAUCCUGGCGCCGACUACUGCUUGGAUGACUUCUGCAGGGACGACUGCGAAUACUACAGUCUUGAACAUGGAACGUUGUGGUGUGGCAACUAAGAGAGUUAUAGUUAGUUGUUAAUAGAGAGG